GAUAGUGCUAUCGAUAUAUUUCCAUCUGGACUCAACGCCGGUCGGCCACACAUUGUAAAAUUCCGCCAAUUUUUUAGCAUUACAACAGUUUUUGCAAUAGCAUUACGGGUUUAGGGAUUUUUCAAUUUUAGGUAAAGAUGAAUUUCUCAGGGAACAACUGCUCACCAACUUAUCGCAGUCCCAUCACACAACACCAAAGACCAAAGACGCCAAUGUCGCGCGGUGAAGUCCGUGAGAAUCUCGAUCUACGCCGACGCCGAGCAGAAGCUCGAAGGUAUUUGAAAUGGGGUUUCAUACACAUCCUACUCUUCGCUGUGCUCGCCUUUGAUAUUAGCCAAGUGUGCGUUGCCGAUGGAACUACGCUCUGGUAUGAAGUGGAGUAUACAGUUGGUGUGUUUCUGCUGCUCAGCGCCGUAGCCUGCAUUGGCAAAUACAUUUGGUGGCUGAUGGUGGACAAUGUGACUAUGACGAUGACCGAUAUGCAAAGCUGCCUCUUGAAUGAAACAAAUGACAAUGGGCUUCUGGACAGUUCAAUGCGUAUACGCAGCAAAACGCCAAAGCCACGCUAUUAUGAGCAAGAAGAUGAUUUCAAUGACAGCGCUCCCAUCAUUAAUUGGCACUCCUCGUUCGAGGACAGUCGCUGGGGUACCCAAUCGCCUCGUCGCAGUCCGAGUCCAACACGUAGCUCACAACAGCAGCUAAAUAAUGUAUCAUACAACUGUUCCAUCGGUGGCAACAAGUCUUUUAAUGCCAGCAACCUCAGCAAUGAAUCUGCUGCCUACAUGUCGCCAUAUGCCGAAGUCAGUCGCGAUGACUUUCCCACCGAUGUACGCAAGCUGCCAGCGUUGAUGCGGCGGGCAGAGCGUGAACGAGAACGCAGCUAUGCCGAGCUGCUUGAAUCUUCUAAUGUACAGAAUAUGGACUCGACAAACUCGUUCUGGAACUAUUGCAAUAAUGCUGCCUUUCUACUGAAACGUUCCAUCUAUCAGCUGGCACCAGCACCUGUGGCCUCCACGGAGAAUACGCCUACUUCCAUUGAAGAUUUUGGCUUUGUACAGUUUAAGGACAGCAAUUCGGAGGUCAUUAAGCGCAUUUCCACGGUUAAGUUGUCGCAGUACUUAAGUAAUCUCAGAUAUUGGAUAUCCACAACAAUUUUGCAGCGCCUAGUUAAACAAAUUGACAAUAUGGAUGAAGUAUUUCGCCAGCGCGGACUUAUUGAACUAAAGAUCGGCGCUGUGGGCUUGGAACGCUUGCGCAAGAUGGCCGAGAAUCAACAGUUCGUGCAAGGCUGUGCUCCCAUGUUGCCUUUGCUGCUGCCCUUCCUCGACACCUUCAGCAAUCAGGAGUAUGUGGUGCAGCGCAUUCGCGAACUCUCACAAGGUUCCUGCAUUGGUGACUAUCGCUGGAACUCGGGCAAAGCCCACAAUGGUCAGGAAUGGGGCGACCAUUUGCCCACAGAUGCUGCUAUACUCUUCCAUUUAUUCUGCGUUUACUUGGACAGCCAAUUAAUGCCACUGCCCCAGGGUGGUGGACGUCCCUUUCACUCGCGCUAUGUGCUGAUGCGCGAGGAGAAACGCUCCACAAAAGAUAUAAUUAAUGCUGUGAAUAAUCGAGCACACUGCGCCUUUCUCAUAACCAACAGCCAGAUGAAGCCAAAGUUUAAUUUCAUCAGCGAAAAGGAGCUUCACAAUUGCGCCUACGAUCGCAACAAUUUGUUUUAUGUUAUCAUACAGUUUUUGAUUUAUAUGCGCUCGCACCAGGAAUCGGCCCUCGAGGGCGUCAACUUGGGAAAGAGCGGCAUUAACAUAAUGUGCGUAAUCGAAGACUGAAUAAGCUGUGCUCUCUGCUGUUUGCGGUAAGCAGCAUUUUGCAUAUUUGACUUGGGCCAAACGAAUUUGGCCAUUUAUUUUCUUAAUGUAAUACUUAUUAUUGUUAAACAACCUUCUGAGACGUUUUCGGCUGCUCAAAUUGAAACUAUUAAAUUAUGCAUUGUAA